AUGCUGCUGAGAAAGCGGUACCGGCCGGGGCCUCGCCAGCGACUCCAGUUCCUCCUGCUGCUCCCGGUGCUGGGCUGCAUGCUGGUGAUGGCAGCCAUGCUGCACCCUCCCACGUACACCUCCCGCCACACUGGCACGGCCCCGGCCAGCCAGCGCAGCCUGGAUGCUGGGGACCGCCUGGACUUUGGGGACUCCCAAGAGUGGGUGCUGGAGGCUGAGGCCGAGGGUGAAGAGUACGGCCCCCUGGAGGGGCUGCCGCCCUUGAUCUCCCUGCGGGAGGAUGAGCUGCUGGUGGCCGUGGCCUCCCCCAGGGCCAGAAGGAACCAGAGCCGCGGCAGGAGAGGGGGCAGCUACCGGCUUAUCAAGCAGCCUCGAAGGAGGCAGGACGAGGGAGCCCCAGACAGAGACUGGGGGGCCGAGGAGGAGGACGGGGAGGUGUCUGAAGAAGAGGCCCUGAGCCCACUGGGCCUGGACCCACGUGGCCUCAGCGAGGCCCUCAGCGCGCGCCUGCCCCUGCAGAGGGCCCUGCCCGAGGCCCAGCACCCGCUGUGUCUGCAGCCGCCGCCAGGGGGCAGCCUGCCCACGGCCAGCGUCAUCCUGUGCUUCCACGACGAGGCCUGGGCCACCCUCCUGAGGACCGUGCACAGCAUCCUGGACACCGCUCCCCGGGCCGUCCUGAAGGAGGUCAUCCUCGUGGACGACCUCAGCCAGCAAGGACAGCUCAAGUCUGCUCUCAGCGAGCAUGUGGCCAGGCUGGAGCGAGUGAGGCUGCUCAGGAGCAACAAGAGGCUGGGCACCGUCGGGGCCCGAAUGCUGGGGGCCACCAGGGCCACGGGGGACGUGCUGGUCUUCAUGGAUGCCCGCUGCGAGUGCCACCCCGGCUGGUUGGAGCCCCUCCUCAGCAGAAUAGCCGGCGACAGGAGCCGUGUGGUGUCUCCGGUCAUAGACGUGGUGGACUGGAAGACUCUCCAUUAUCAACCCUCCCCUGAGCUGCAGCGUGGGGUGCUGGACUGGAGGCUGGAUUUCCGCUGGGAGCCCUUGCCCGAGCACGCGCAGCAAGCCCUCCAGUCCCCCAUCAGCCCUAUCAGGAGCCCUGUGCUGCCCAGAGAGGUGGUGGCCGUGGACAGGCACUACUUCCAAAACACGGGCGCCUACGAGCCCCUCCUGUCUCCAAGCGGUGCUGAAAACCUCGAACUGUCUCUCAAGGCCUGGCUCUGUGGCGGCUCCGUUGAGAUCCUGCCCUGCUCCCGGGUAGGCCACGUCUACCGUGACUGGGAGGCCCACUCCCCGCUCGACCAGGAGGCGGCGCUGCGGAGCAAGGUCCGCCUCGCUGAGACCUGGCUGGGCUCCUUCAAAGACACCUUCUACAGGCACUGCCCGGAGGCCGCCUCCCUGAACCAGAGUGAGAAGCUGGACUGCCCGGAGCGCUUGCAGCUGCAAAGAAGACUGGGCUGCCGGACAUUCCACUGGUUUCUGGCCCACAUCUACCCCGAGCUGUACCCAUCGGAACCCAGGCCCAGGUUCUCGGGAAAGCUCCACAACACCGGCCUCGGCUUCUGUGCAGACUGCCCGACAGAAGGGGACAUCUUGGGCUGUCCCAUGGUGCUGGCCCCUUGCAAUGACAGCCGGCAGGAACAGCGCUUGGAGCACACCAGCAGGAAGGAGAUCCACCUGCGCAGCCCGCCGCACCUGUGCCUGGAUGUGAGGCGAGAGCAGGUGCUCCUUCAGAACUGCACCGGGGAAGGCCCUGCCGUCCACGUCCAUGCACAGCACUGGGACUUCCAGCAGAACGGGGUGAUUGUCCACGUUCUUUCUGGGAAAUGCAUAGAAGCUGUGGUGCACGGAAUCCAUAAGGAGCUGCACCUGCGUCCGUGCGACGGCAAAGCCAGCCAGCUGUGGCGAUUUGACCAGGUCAGCGCCGUGGAUGAACGGUGAACGCCAUGAUGGAGGAAGAGAGAAUCCCCGGGGAAUUCAAGGACCGUGCGUGUUU